UUUGGCAAGCAAUACUGUAUUAGCCAGCUAGAGGUGUAACUCUAUCUGAAACAUAACCAUUUUCCACGUCAUCUGACAAAAAUACCACCUACUUUCACAAACUGUCGGAGUAAUCACGCCUAAUAUUUUAGUUCUGUUCACUAACCACGGCCAAAUAUAACUUUGUCAUGCCUAUUUCUCACCCACCACACCUAAUUUUCACUCUGCAGGCCACGUGAUUAAUUUGGUGAAACCACGCCUCACUACAUAACCUAACAAGUGUUUUGAUUUUACACAAUUAGUUAAAUCUUCUUGAAUAUCUUUCGACUCAAAUUUUCUGAUAUAUUUUAUGUAUGGAAGAAACAAGUUCGCCCAAAAAAUCUACAAAGCCUCAUCAUAUUCAGCAAGACCUAUGCAAAACAAGGCCUGCAUAUAGGCAGGGAAGAAAACUCACCGCAGUGAAAACCUACACUGUUAACUCCGAAUCUCAACAUCUGUACAUUUAUGGUGUUCCUGCAUUGAAUCUACGCAGGGAGCUGAGAACAUUGUGCCUAAAGUAUGGAAAUCUUGUAUCCAUGCAUGUUGCUGAAGGUGCUGUCAAUGAGAUGUUUACAGAAUGUUACCAUGUUGAAUAUCAGCGGAUACAGUCUGCUAGAAUUGCCAAACGGUUGAUAGAUACACAGUCCUUCUAUGGAGGUAUUUUGCAUGUCUGCUAUGCCCCUGAGCAUGAGUCUAUACAAGAGACAAAAGCCAAAUUGCUUCAAAGGAAGAUUGAUGUUCUUAGGAGACUACCAAAAAAUGACACUUAAAAAAAUUAGGGAUACAAAUAUAAUAUUUCACAUAUUCUCCAACGAGAUGCCCAUUCCUCAGCUGUAUUUGAAUAUUCAUAUACAACUUCCAUCAUCAUAGCCAUUUUGGCAAGAUAAUUAAUAAAGAUUCCAUUUUCCUUUAAAAAAAAAAUGUUUAUCUUCGAUACAUCAACCUUUGAAACAACUGAUCUCACAAUUAUUCCUAAGAUUUCAUAUUAUUAGAGUUUAUCAAUGAUGGAAAACAGCGGCACCUAGACAGGGGUCAACAUGUAUAUAUGCUUUAGUGGUUAAUGGUGCCACAUUGUUUUUACACAGGCAGCAUGGCUUUCAUUUGAAUAAUCGGUGACCAUGGUUAUUUUACCGACAUGACAAUUUUCGUAACCGGUGACGUCCCAUUUCAGUUACGUUAUCGGUGACGUGGAGUCUUGGAGACUCCUCUUAAAUAUUUAGGUGUUUUAAGUAUAUUCAUAACAUACAACAGUACUAAGCUUAAGUAUGUUCUAUAGGGAUACCAAAUAACUAUUAUUUGCACGGAGGUACUUAAUUAUUUGUUUCAUUACUAAGUUUAUUUCAAUAGGGAAGUAAGAAAUAACAUUAGUAUAUAGGUUAACAAUUUUUUAUUUUAACAUAUUUCUGCAGUAUUAACAAAAGUUUAUUAUGUUAGUAACAACAUCCAGUUAAAAACUUAUUUCCAUAAAAAACGCAAC